AUGGAUUAUUAUAAGACACUCAUUCAUCAUCAAGAAGCUGCUAAAAAUAACGAGGAUGGUAAAAAAUUAGUAUAUCUCAAUAAAGCUGAAAGAGUUAAAAUAGUACGAAACACUUAUCAACUAUGUGGAAUUAGUGUUAGACAAAAUAAACAUUGGGCACCUGCCAACUAG